UAAUCGUUGAUGAUCUGUCAUAUUUUUAUCACUCAAGCACUAAAAUACAGCUCAACAUAUUGUUAGUUUAAGUUUUAAGUCAUAUUUUGGAUGUAUUCGGUUCUAUAAAUAACUUUUAAACAAAAACCCUAUGCGGAUUCUUUUAUUUUUAAAAUAAAUAGGCCUAUGUACUAUUUUAUGAUUUAUAGGUUAGUUUACUUAAAGGGCGUACAUAGGCUUAAUAUUCUUGGAAAUAAUGAAAUAAAAUAAAUUAUGUUAUUAUUCGAUGCUUCUAAAAUAUGUCAAACAGUGUAAUUGUAUCCAAAUCUCCUAAUUUGCUCUAAGAAAAAGGUACUAUAUGGACACAAUGAGUUGGUUUGAUGCGACAGGAUUUGCUAAUUUAGCAAAAACGGCUCUGAAAGAAGCUCAAAAGACUAUAGACAAAGCUCUUGACAUCAAGGAAGAGGAUAUUGAGCAUGUAACUCAGAGCAGCUUGACGUCACCUGGUGCUGAGACGGAAAUGUGGGUAGACCAAGGAGUGCCUCGGAGUGAAAGUGAGCCAAAACUCUCAUCCUCGAGUAAACUUGGUCAAAGUGGAAGUCUGUGGGGAUCCUUCACAGGCUCGUUUUUUGAAAAUCCUAAAUUGCUAGAAAAUGAUGCAAAAGAGAACCCCGAGACUCCUAGUCGUCCUACUAACUUUAUUUCAAACCAGCCCAAAAAAACAGCCACAUUUCAGCCUCCCUCGGCUAGUACAGCUAAUACUUCACCUUCAGAGGCAAAAACCCCUGAUCCGAGCUGUCCUUCUGAUAUCCGAGAAGAGAUUCUCAACUUUCCGCCAGUAGUCUAUAGGAAAAAAGAACCUCGUAACUAUAACAACCGGUUAUCUGCUAUCUCGUCUGAAAGUGAUCGAAGGUCAAGUUCCAGCUGUGAAGUACUCGGCAGUUGUACGCCUGAUUCUGACCCUCAACAUUCCCUCUCCACCUCCUCGUCCGUUGUAAGACUGCGGCAGUCGGGCAGCUUUGAGUCUGUUGAAGUACUUACGUCUCCCAGCAGUGUUGAAGUUCUCGGGUCUACUGCUAGUGAACACAGGUAUUCGAGUGACAGCAUAUCACCCAUAGCUGAAGGGGAAGGUCCUCCUGAACUAGUGGAUGACUCUGAACCAAGCGUGGCCGAGGACAGUUACACCUCUGCCUCGGAAACUCUAACAGCGGGAACAGUUCUGGAUCUUCCCCAAGCUUCGUCAACAUCGCGUGAUUUGAUGUCUGCUUCAACAACAUCACGGGAUUUAAUGUCCACAUCGUCAACAUCGAGAGACUUGAUGCUCAAAUCAACAUCGUCUCUGGACACUUCCUUUACAGAGCCUCCUCGAGAUAGUGUAGGCAGUGAGUGUGAAACCGGGGUGUCUAGCUGUGAGGAAGGCACACUGAUGGCCAGUAGUGGGGAGGAGACAACUCUAGGUACAUCUACAUCAACCUCCUAUCUCACCAACCUACUGGCAGACGCAAUGACUGAGCAACCUCCUCACAGAGAACAUUCUCCUAUAUCAUCUGAGAGCUGUGAGGAAGGUACACUGAUGGCCAGUAGUGGGGAGGAGACAACUCUAGGUACAUCUACAUCAUCCUCCUAUCUCACCAACCUACUGGCAGACGCAAUGACUGAGCAACCUCCUCACAGAGAACAUUCUCCUAUAUCAUCUGAGAGGUGUGAGGAAGGUACACUGAUGGCCAGUAGUGGGGAGGAGACAACUCUAGGAACAUCUACAUCAUCCUCCUAUCUCACCAACCUACUGGCAGACGCAAUGACUGAGCAACCUCCUCACAGAGAACAUUCUCCUAUAUCAUCUGAGAGCUGUGAGGAAGGCACACUGAUGGCCAGUAGUGGGGAGGAGACAACUCUAGGUACAUCUACAUCAACCUCCUAUCUCACCAACCUACUGGCAGACGCAAUGACUGAGCAACCUCCUCACAGAGAACAUUCUCCUAUAUCAUCUGAGAGGUGUGAGGAAGGUACACUGAUGGCCAGUAGUGGGGAGGAGACAACUCUAGGUACAUCUACAUCAACCUCCUAUCUCACCAACCUACUGGCAGACGCAAUGACUGAGCAACCACCUCACAGAGAACAUUCUCCUAUAUCAUCUGAGAGGUGUGAGGAAGGCACACUGAUGGCCAGUAGUGGGGAGGAGACAACUCUAGGUACAUCUACAUCAACCUCCUAUCUCACCAACCUACUGGCAGACGCAAUGACUGAGCAACCUCCUCACAGAGAACAUUCUCCUAUAUCAUCUGAGAGGUGUGAGGAAGGUACACUGAUGGCCAGUAGUGGGGAGGAGACAACUCUAGGUACAUCUACAUCAACCUCCUAUCUCACCAACCUACUGGCAGACGCAAUGACUGAGCAACCUCCUCACAGAGAACAUUCUCCUAUAUCAUCUGAGAGCUGUGAGGAAGGUACACUGAUGGCCAGUAGUGGGGAGGAGACAACUCUAGGUACAUCUACAUCAUCCUCCUAUCUCACCAACCUACUGGCAGACGCAAUGACUGAGCAACCUCCUCACAGAGAACAUUCUCCUAUAUCAUCUGAGAGCUGUGAGGAAGGUACACUGAUGGUCAGUAGUGGGGAGAAGACAACUCUAGGAACAUCUACAUCAUCCUCCUAUCUCACCAACCUACUGGCAGACGCAAUGACUGAGCAACCUCCUCACAGAGAACAUUCUCCUAUAUCAUCUGAGAGCUGUGAGGAAGGCACACUGAUGGCCAGUAGUGGGGAGGAGACAACUCUAGGUACAUCUACAUCAUCCUCCUAUCUCACCAACCUACUGGCAGACGCAAUGACUGAGCAACCUCCUCACAGAGAACAUUCUCCUAUAUCAUCUGAGAGGUGUGAGGAAGGUACACUGAUGGCCAGUAGUGGGGAGGAGACAACUCUAGGUACAUCUACAUCAACCUCCUAUCUCACCAACCUACUGGCAGACGCAAUGACAGAGCAACCUCCUCACAGAGAACAUUCUCCUAUAUCAUCUGAGAGGUGUGAGGAAGGUACACUGAUGGCCAGUAGUGGGGAGGAGACAACUCUAGGUACAUCAACAUCAACCUCCUAUCUCACCAACCUACUGGCAGACGCAAUGACUGAGCAACCUCCUCACAGAGAACAUUCUCCUAUAUCAUCUGAGAGGUGUGAGGAAGGUACACUGAUGGCCAGUAGUGGGGAGGAGACAACUCUAGGAACAUCUACAUCAACCUCCUAUCUCACCAACCUACUGGCAGACGCAAUGACUGAGCAACCUCCUCACAGAGAACAUUCUCCUAUAUCAUCUGAGAGCUGUGAGGAAGGUACACUGAUGGCCAGUAGUGGGGAGGAGACAACUCUAGGUACAUCAACAUCAACCUCCUAUCUCACCAACCUACUGGCAGACGCAAUGACUGAGCAACCUCCUCACAGAGAACAUUCUCCUAUAUCAUCUGAGAGCUGUGAGGAAGGUACACUGAUGGCCAGUAGUGGGGAGGAGACAACUCUAGGUACAUCUACAUCAACCUCCUAUCUCACCAACCUACUGGCAGACGCAAUGACUGAGCAACCUCCUCACAGAGAACAUUCUCCUAUAUCAUCUGAGAGCUGUGAGGAAGGCACACUGAUGGCCAGUAGUGGGGAGGAGACAACUCUAGGUACAUCUACAUCAUCCUCCUAUCUCACCAACCUACUGGCAGACGCAAUGACUGAGCAACCUCCUCACAGAGAACAUUCUCCUAUAUCAUCUGAGAGUGGGGAGAAGACAACUCUAGGAACAUCUACAUCAACCUCCUAUCUCACCAACCUACUGGCAGACGCAAUGACUGAGCAACCUCCUCACAGAGAACAUUCUCCUAUAUCAUCUGAGAGCUGUGAGGAAGGCACACUGAUGGUCAGUAGUGGGGAGAAGACAACUCUAGGUACAUCUACAUCAACCUCCUAUCUCACCAACCUACUGGCAGACGCAAUGACUGAGCAACCUCCUCACAGAGAACAUUCUCCUAUAUCAUCUGAGAGCUGUGAGGAAGGCACACUGAUGGUCAGUAGUGGGGAGAAGACAACUCUAGGUACAUCUACAUCAUCCUCCUAUCUCACCAACCUACUGGCAGACGCAAUGACUGAGCAACCUCCUCACAGAGAACAUUCUCCUAUAUCAUCUGAGAGCUGUGAGGAAGGCACACUGAUGGUCAGUAGUGGGGAGAAGACAACUCUAGGAACAUCUACAUCAACCUCCUAUCUCACCAACCUACUGGCAGACGCAAUGACUGAGCAACCUCCUCACAGAGAACAUUCUCCUAUAUCAUCUGAGAGCUGUGAGGAAGGCACACUGAUGGCCAGUAGUGGGGAGGAGACAACUCUAGGUACAUCUACAUCAUCCUCCUAUCUCACCAACCUACUGGCAGACGCAAUGACUGAGCAACCUCCUCACAGAGAACAUUCUCCUAUAUCAUCUGAGAGCUGUGAGGAAGGCACACUGAUGGCCAGUAGUGGGGAGGAGACAACUCUAGGUACAUCUACAUCAACCUCCUAUCUCACCAACCUACUGGCAGACGCAAUGACUGAGCAACCACCUCACAGAGAACAUUCUCCUAUAUCAUCUGAGAGGUGUGAGGAAGGUACACUGAUGGCCAGUAGUGGGGAGGAGACAACUCUAGGUACAUCUACAUCAACCUCCUAUCUCACCAACCUACUGGCAGACGCAAUGACUGAGCAACCUCCUCACAGAGAACAUUCUCCUAUAUCAUCUGAGAGGUGUGAGGAAGGUACACUGAUGGCCAGUAGUGGGGAGGAGACAACUCUAGGUACAUCAACAUCAACCUCCUAUCUCACCAACCUACUGGCAGACGCAAUGACUGAGCAACCUCCUCACAGAGAACAUUCUCCUAUAUCAUCUGAGAGGUGUGAGGAAGGUACACUGAUGGCCAGUAGUGGGGAGGAGACAACUCUAGGAACAUCUACAUCAACCUCCUAUCUCACCAACCUACUGGCAGACGCAAUGACUGAGCAACCUCCUCACAGAGAACAUUCUCCUAUAUCAUCUGAGAGCUGUGAGGAAGGUACACUGAUGGCCAGUAGUGGGGAGGAGACAACUCUAGGUACAUCAACAUCAACCUCCUAUCUCACCAACCUACUGGCAGACGCAAUGACUGAGCAACCUCCUCACAGAGAACAUUCUCCUAUAUCAUCUGAGAGCUGUGAGGAAGGUACACUGAUGGCCAGUAGUGGGGAGGAGACAACUCUAGGUACAUCUACAUCAACCUCCUAUCUCACCAACCUACUGGCAGACGCAAUGACUGAGCAACCUCCUCACAGAGAACAUUCUCCUAUAUCAUCUGAGAGCUGUGAGGAAGGCACACUGAUGGCCAGUAGUGGGGAGGAGACAACUCUAGGUACAUCUACAUCAUCCUCCUAUCUCACCAACCUACUGGCAGACGCAAUGACUGAGCAACCUCCUCACAGAGAACAUUCUCCUAUAUCAUCUGAGAGUGGGGAGAAGACAACUCUAGGAACAUCUACAUCAACCUCCUAUCUCACCAACCUACUGGCAGACGCAAUGACUGAGCAACCUCCUCACAGAGAACAUUCUCCUAUAUCAUCUGAGAGCUGUGAGGAAGGCACACUGAUGGUCAGUAGUGGGGAGAAGACAACUCUAGGUACAUCUACAUCAACCUCCUAUCUCACCAACCUACUGGCAGACGCAAUGACUGAGCAACCUCCUCACAGAGAACAUUCUCCUAUAUCAUCUGAGAGCUGUGAGGAAGGCACACUGAUGGUCAGUAGUGGGGAGAAGACAACUCUAGGUACAUCUACAUCAUCCUCCUAUCUCACCAACCUACUGGCAGACGCAAUGACUGAGCAACCUCCUCACAGAGAACAUUCUCCUAUAUCAUCUGAGAGCUGUGAGGAAGGCACACUGAUGGUCAGUAGUGGGGAGAAGACAACUCUAGGAACAUCUACAUCAACCUCCUAUCUCACCAACCUACUGGCAGACGCAAUGACUGAGCAACCUCCUCACAGAGAACAUUCUCCUAUAUCAUCUGAGAGCUGUGAGGAAGGCACACUGAUGGCCAGUAGUGGGGAGGAGACAACUCUAGGUACAUCUACAUCAUCCUCCUAUCUCACCAACCUACUGGCAGACGCAAUGACUGAGCAACCUCCUCACAGAGAACAUUCUCCUAUAUCAUCUGAGAGUAGUGGGGAGGAGACAACUCUAGGUACAUCUACAUCAACCUCCUAUCUCACCAACCUACUGGCAGACGCAAUGACUGAGCAACCACCUCACAGAGAACAUUCUCCUAUAUCAUCUGAGAGCCGGUCAGACAUGAUCAAAAUUGGCUCCAGUGGACACACUUCUGGCGACGAGCUGGAAACUACAACCUCCUCGGAUAUCGAAAUCAUCUCAAGUCCGACCCCCAACGGUGACAGUAGCAGUGCAGCUUCCAGACAGAGCCCCGCCAGACUUAGCUGUCGUUCUAAGAUGAGCCUUGUAGCUGGGACAUCUCAUCCUGAACAUUCUCUCAGUAAAGUUUUUGCAGCCAAAGUCAAAGGACACCAAAGAGAAUUAUCCGAGGCCUCUAGUGGAGGUUCUGAUGAUGGUUCAGAAGUUGAUAAACUACUCAAGCGUAUUUCAGAAAUGACGGAAAUCUUGGAAGUGAGGGAGGCCAAGUUGAUAGAUCUCAGCAGAUUAAACUCAGACCUUCAAGAAACAAACGGUGACCUCAGGCGUCAGCUUGAAAGCGGUCUACAGAAACAAGAUGUAAGCGAGUUGAGUGAAGAGUUUACUCAAAGGUUGGCAGCCUUGGAGCGGAAGUUCCAGCAAGCGAUACGUGACAAGGAACUUCUACGGAAACAGCUUGAGCAAGCCCGUGCGGCAGCCGCAGUUGCUGAGGAAGAAGCAGAGAAGGACCAGGUGAUCUCAGACUUACGUGCCGAGGGAGAGAAACUCAGCAAACAACAGCUGGCACUCAACAACAUCAUCAAGAAACUACGAGCCACUGAGCGGGACAAUCAGAAGACUAUCAGCUCCUUGAAGGAACAAUUAGAAGAAUGUACACAAGAAGUGGACAGAACAAAGAAGGCGUUGUCAGCCAAGCAGGAUGUAGAGCGGUCACAGAUAGAAGCUGUGCAUCAGCUGACGAGGACCAACAAUCAAUUAGAGAAUCAGCUGACUCAGCUACAGUCCCAAGUAGAAAAUCUGACUUCAACCAUCGUGUCUCUGCAAAAGGAGUUGACAGACAGCAAGGACAGAGUGACACAGCUGCAGUUGUCCUUGAAGGAGGCCAAGUCAGAGGCAGAGGCGGAGGUGAGACGGAAGCUAGAGGGGGAGUGGGGGGAGGUGGCUGAGCAGAGAGACAGCUUGGAGGCUGAGGUGACAUCACUGAGAGACAGACUGGACCAGCAACUGGAGCUGCAUGACAAAGAGGUGCGUGAGUUGCGCACACAACACACAGAGUUGCUACGCAGGCUGGAGACUGCAGGGGCUGCGGCUGAGGAGGUUGCGCAGAGUGUGAGUGCAGCCACGCAGCCACUGGUGCGGCAGAUACACACACUCACUGCACAGAACUCUCAGAACCAGGCAGCAUGGGAAAGACAGGAACGCAGCUUGUUGCAGCAGAUCAAUGAGCUUCAGUCGCGAGUGACAGGCUUGGUGGAAGCAGAGAGGGGGCUGAGAGAACAGCUGAUGACGGCCACCAACAGAGGGGCUGGACUGGAGGCCAAACUGUCUGCGGGUCAGAGAGAACUGGAGGCUACCCAGGGACUGUUGACAGAGGCCAAGGACAAACUGCAACUAGCAGAGAGAGAAAAGGACAGACUGGUCAAGGAACAUGAGGAGAGUCUGAAGCAGCUGCGUAGUGAACUGUGUGAGAGUGAGAGAGACAGAAGGAGUUUGGAGCAGCAACUGUCUGUGGAGAGAGCUGCUCUGGAGGCUGAGAGGAGAAAGACUGCGGCAUUGCAGGAGCAGACAAAGAUGCGAGGUCAGUCUCCCCCCACCACUCCCCGCUCUUCCCCCACCCUCAGUCUAGGAAGGUUGUCUGUCUGUGACUCAACAGCAAGUAACAUGUGGCCAGGAUUUGGAGACGAUGUGUUUGAGACGGCCUCCAUGAGUGGAAGGAUGAGUGUGUACGACAGUCUGCGGCCUGGGAACACCACCUCUCUGCUCGAGGGACUCCAGGCUCAACUGAAGCAAAGAGAAGGUGAAGUACACCAACUACAAUGGGAGUUGUCCAGGAGAGAGGUAGAGAGGGCAGCACUCAGCAAUGAGUUGGCAGCCCUGACUGGCCGUGUGGAGGUGCAGGACAAGCAGUUGGCAGCACUAUCCACACUACAGACAGAGUAUGAUGCAUUGCUGCUAUUGUAUGGGGAGAAACUAGAGGAGAGUCAGGAGCUGAGAAUGGACCUGCAGGACGUCAAGGAUAUGUACAAGACUCAGAUCGAUCAACUGUUGAAGAAAGAAGAACCAAGUACAUGAUGUGUGGCUCUUUAAGUGGCCUUUGUCUGUGAUAAACCAAAAGAUUCCUAGCUUGAUAUAUAGUGAUGUACAUAAAGU